AUGGAGGACUCUGGUCGAAUCAACGUAACCAUGACCGCUGGAGAGUAUGAACUAUUCAAGGAAGCCAAGAGACGGGCGGCCUCCGAGAAGCAAACUACCGCCUCCCGACCGCGAAAGUUGCCUAAAGUUUCCAAAGAGCCGUCCCACGCCUCGAAUCAUCAUCUCAAGCAAUGCCUCAUCUUGGGGAUAGACUCCAUCACCACUCACCUCCAUUUCUUCCUCCACGAGAACUAUAACAGCCCCAACGCCACCUCUAUAACCGUCAUCAACUCCACCACCAGCAACCCCGGAGACUUCGGCAGCAUAGGGAUCUUCGACGACGAAAUACGAGAAGGCUCGAGCGUGGACUCAAAGCUCAUUGGGAGGGCCCAAGGCAUAGCUCCCGGGGUAUCGCUUAGACAGACGACUUGGCUCGUAUUACUCAACUUUGUCUUUACAGAAGGAGAGUAUAACGGUAGCUCUCUCACGGUGGUGGGCCGGGCAACGUUAGAGGGAACCAGCGAGCGCAGCAUCAUCGGUGGCACCGGAAAAUUUCGAAUGGCGAGAGGCUACACCAUUAAUACAUUUCUAAUUCGUGGUGGUCCGGCAGUACACCUUAUCGCCGAGUACGAUGCUUAUAUCGUGCAUUAA